AUGACCGAUAUCACACCCGUUCAGAACGAUGUGGAUGUCAAUGGUAACAAUGUCAAUAGCAACUCUUCUAGUAAUCUAAAGAGGCCCAUAGAUCAAGAGCAAGAUGAGAACGAGGAUUCCUCCACUGGGCUUACAGAGGAAACUACCCCAGUAAAUGAUGAGUUGCAUGUCAAAAAGGCCAGACUAAAUGGAGACGCUCUCGCAUCUGAACCUAGUCAGCUUGCAGAGAACAAGAAUAUUGAAGGUGUCUCUUUAGCGGCUAAUGAGGAAAAUACAUACAACGCCACCAGUGUGGAUGCAGAAGAGAAAGAAAAAGGGCUAAAGAAGGAAGAAGAGGAAGAAGGUGGCAGAUUGAAAGAUUCCACUGCAGACGAAGAUUCCAAGCUAGAACGUCCGAUAGAAGUUCCGAAAGAGCCUGCAGUAGCCCCUCCCCCAGAGCCUGAUAUGGACAACCUUCCCCAGGAUCCAAUACCAAAACACCAACAAAAGCAUGCUUUGUUAGCUGUCAAAGCCGUCAAGCGGUUAAAGGAUGCAAGACCUUUUUUACAACCUGUUGACCCAGUUAAGUUGGAUGUUCCUUUUUACUUUAACUACAUAAAGAGGCCAAUGGAUUUAUCUACUAUAGAGAGGAAGCUGAACGUAGGUGCGUAUGAAGUUCCCGAGCAAAUUACGGAAGAUUUCAACCUCAUGGUUAACAAUAGCAUUAAGUUCAACGGCCCAAAUGCGGGCAUAUCACAGAUGGCAAGAAACAUACAGGCGUCUUUCGAAAAGCAUAUGCUAAAUAUGCCUGCCAAGGAUGCUCCACCUGUAAUAACCAAGGGGCGGCGGUCUAGUGCCCAAGAAGAUGCCCCCAUUGUGAUCAGACGAGCCCAAACUCAUAAUGGAAGGCCGAAAAGGACUAUUCACCCUCCGAAAUCAAAGGAUAUCUAUCCAUUUGAAUCGAAAAAACCUAAAUCCAAAAGAUUGCAGCAAGCGAUGAAAUUUUGUCAGAGUGUGCUCAAAGAAUUGAUGGCUAAAAAGCAUGCUUCCUAUAACUACCCAUUUUUGGAACCCGUAGACCCAGUUUCUAUGAAUUUGCCCACUUAUUUUGACUAUGUUAAAGAGCCAAUGGAUUUGGGUACAGUCGCCAAGAAAUUGAAUGACUGGGAGUAUCAGACGAUGGAUGAUUUCGAGAGGGACGUGAGGUUGGUUUUUAAAAACUGCUACACAUUCAAUCCAGACGGUACAAUCGUCAAUAUGAUGGGCCAUCGUCUAGAAGAAGUAUUUAAUUCCAAAUGGGCAGACAGACCUAAUUUGGAUGAUUAUGACUCCGACGAAGAUUCGAGGAACCAAGGUGAUUACGAUGAUUAUGAAUCCGAAUACUCGGAAUCCGACAUCGAUGAAACCAUAAUUACAAACCCAGCCAUUCAAUAUCUAGAAGAACAACUUGCAAGAAUGAAAGUAGAGCUGCAGCAGUUAAAAAAGCAAGAACUGGAGAAAAUAAGAAAGGAGAGGCGGUUAGCACGUGGAUCAAAGAAGCGUGGUAAAAGAUCAAAGGGAAGAAGUGGAUCCAAAAGCGCUUCUUCCAAGGGUAGGCGAGAUAAAAAGAAUAAACUAAAAACAGUAGUGACGUAUGAUAUGAAACGUAUCAUCACCGAGAGAAUCAACGAUUUGCCUACUUCAAAAUUAGAAAGAGCCAUUGACAUAAUUAAAAAAUCCAUGCCUAAUAUUUCUGAAGACGAUGAAGUAGAACUGGACCUCGACACUUUGGAUAAUUAUACCAUUCUAACACUCUACAACACCUUUUUUAGACAAUACGGAAGUUCCUCUAGCACUUCUAACGGGCUAGAUGGUGCUUCCAGUAUUACUCGAGAUACAUCGUCCUUGUCGCCCACAAAUGCGGGCAGUAGGAAGAGAAGAUCUAAGGCAUUAAGCCAAGAAGAGCAAAGUAGACAGAUAGAAAAAAUAAAAAAUAAACUGGCAAUCCUAGAUAGCGCAUCACCCUUGAGCCAAAACGGCUCCCCCGGCCAAGUUCAAAGCACUGCACAUAAUGGGUUUUCCUCAUCUUCAGAUGACGAUGUGAGUAGUGAAAGUGAAGAAGAGUGA